CAGGGAUCGACGAGCCAGAGCCGGAGGAACGGCGGGCGGGGUCGAGCCUGCUGAGCUGGCGAAUGAAACCCGGCACCGACUGGUGGCGGUCGCGCCUCCCUCGGGCUCCAGUCGGAGUGCGACAACGAUACUGCUUGGCCUGCUGAGUUCCUCCAACAUUUUGUGUGUGUAGCACAUAUAGAGAGUUAACUGGUGCUACAGUAACUCACAUCACUGGAGGGUAGCUCAGCCACACACAGCCCAUCAUGACUCGUGAAGAAGAGAUGCCAGACUGGGAAGGAGCCCAGGAGUUUUACAGCAAAUACGAUCCAAAGGAGGUCCUUGGCCGGGGAGUCAGUAGUGUUGUCAGGCGCUGCAUAGAGAGGAAGACAGAUAUACAGUACGCUGUCAAGAUUAUUGACAUCACAUCCGAGCACCUGACCCCAGAGGAACUGGAGGAGAUUUGCACAUCAACUACCCAAGAAAUCAAUAUUCUCAAACAAGUGUCAGGACACCCGAAUAUAAUUUCGCUCAAUGACUGCUAUGAAUCUUCAAGCUUCUACUUCUUGGUGUUUGACCUGAUGAAGAAAGGAGAGCUGUUUGACUACCUGACUGAAAAAGUGACUUUGAGUGAGAAGGAGACCAGAAGCAUCAUGCGAGCAUUGCUGGAGGUCGUUCAGUUCCUCCACACCAAGAACAUCGUGCACCGUGAUCUGAAACCUGAAAAUAUCCUUCUGGACGAUGACAUGAACGUAAAGCUGUCAGACUUUGGGUUUGCCCUACAACUGUCCCAGGGGGAGAAGCUGCGAGAAUUAUGUGGGACUCCAGGCUACCUGGCUCCAGAAAUCAUCAUGUGCUCUAUGGAUGAAACGCACACAGGUUAUGGCAAAGAAGUGGAUUUGUGGAGCUGUGGGGUGAUUAUGUACACGUUGCUGAGCGGCUCCCCACCGUUCUGGCACAGGAAGCAGAUGCUGAUGCUCAGAAUGAUCAUGGAGGGAAAUUACAAUUUCAGUUCCCUGGAAUGGCAAGACCGGUCAGACACUGUCAAGGACUUGAUCUCCCAGAUGCUGGUGGUUAAGCCGGAGGAGCGUUACACGGCAGACCAGGCCCUGGCUCACCCCUUCUUCCAGCAGUACCUAGUGGAGGAGGUUCGUUACUUCAGUCCCUACAGGAAAUUUAAGACCAUCAUCUGGACAGUUCUGGCCUCAGUUCGUAUUUACUACAAGUAUCGGCGAGCGAAGCCUCUCAACAAACACGUGCUCAUGCGUGAUCCCUACGCUUUUAAAGGAAUUCGUAAAAUCAUCGAUGGCUGUGCUUUCAAGGUGUACGGACACUGGGUGAAGAAAGGUUUGCAACAGAACCGAGCCGCUUUGUUUGAGAAUUCCCCCAAAGCCUUCCUGUUCUCCCUCAGUGAAGCCACAGCAUAGCUGAGACGAGUCGUCACUCUCCGGUCAUUAGCCACGCUCGUGUGGUGUGUGUUCACUGGCAGUGAUCCCGACACUGCUGUCUGCUUCCAUCCUCUAUGUUCAAGAUGCGUGGUGAAGAUGUCACUUUACAAAUGUGAAUUGCUAAUUUAAAACUCUGCAAAGCCACUGCUCGUUCAGAUCCCAAUCAUUCUGCAGUUUUGUGGAAGUUGACGAUGUCUGGUGCACAGUGUCUGAACCCCUGUGAUCCCCACCCUGUUCAUUCUCGUUGGCUUCAGGAUGAACACCUUUUCUGUGAACAGACCUACUCAUUCAGCCUGACCUCUCACUCUCAUUUGAACCCCGACCCUGACUAAUCACCUGGACGCCCACCCUUACCCUCACAUUGACCCAUCACCCCCACCCCCACUGUGACUCCUUACACUGGCCCCCAACCCUUACCCUGAUCUCCAGCGACCUCUGGUUCUGGGCCCUUAUGUAUUUGCAUCAUUGCACGGGAAUGGAGCCAAUGGAGAUGGGAAAACCUUUGUUUAUAGAGAAGGGAAUGUUCCCUUCACAUCUACACUGGCUGAUGCACUGCAGUCUGAUCAAACUCCACUUAUCAGUGUUUUCUCCACAGCCUCAAGGUUUCAACAGGGUUUGUUUCCUAUCCUCACCAACAGAGGUCCAGUACCAGCACAGUUCUCUUUCCUUCUUCAACACAUCACCUUAAAUCCAUGUUCCCUGCAUAGACCUCCCAUCCAAAGGAGAUUCUAUCCACACCCCUCACAGUCGUGCACUCCAGAGUCUCCCCUCCACCUCCUUAGCUGCAGGGGAACCAAUGUAGCCCAUCCAGAGAAGGUUCUGCUUUCUUUAAGUGAGAGAUGUGAACAGAUUAGUCUGAAGCCAGGUGUGAAUGAUGAAGGAUUAUGAAAUAGCUAACAGGAGGAGGAGGCUCCAAAAACGUCCUCUCCUUCAACAAGAGAACGGUGAAGAAAAGGCUGAAGUGUUGUCACCAAGUUCCAUGUAAGCAUUCCAUACUGGCUUCCUGCACACACCCCAGACUCCAGGCAAAUUCUGCUCAGCUGACUGUUGUAGAAGGCUAUGGGGCUAAUGUUCCUCCUGUUGUACUGAAGAUGGUGAUCCACGAGUAUGUGCUGUAGACAGGUGGUUCCAUUACAGCUACAACACUCCCAUCUACCUGACAAUGUGGGAAAUAAGACAGUGCUGUCCUCUCAUCGAAGGAUAAAUCCUUUCCACUGCCAAUCAGUCGGCAUUUUGGAUUGUGUCAUCAAUAGUGUGAUUCAUUGGCACUUCACCUCAGAUGCCAUUCCCAUCCGGAACCCAUCCUAGCCUCAGUCCAAAAAUGGUCCAAGUGCAUUUUUCCAAGAUGCACUGGUAAACUGAGGUUAAUUGGCAUCAGAGAUCGGAGUGUAGAGAAAGGUACUUGUGGUUUUUAGCGGGCAAUCAUCUCAGCUGCAGAAUAUCGCUGCAGAAGAUGGUUGGUGCCCAGCCUUCUUCAGCUGUUUGCCUGUGUCAUUCAUAGAAACACACACAAAACGCUGGAGGAACUCAGCAGGCCAGGCAGCAUCUAUGGAAAAGAGUAAAGAGUCAAUGUUUUGGAACAAUACCCUUCCUUGGGACCGGAAAAAGAGAUGAGGUCAGAGUAAGAAGGGGAGGGGAGGUAGUAGGUGAUAGGUGAAGCCAGGACGGAGGAGGUGUGAAGUAAGGAGCAGAGAAGUUGAUUGGUGAAAGAGGUAAAGGGCAAUCUAAUGGGAGAGGACAGAAGGCCAUGGAAGAAAGGGAAGGGGGAAGAGCACCAGAUGGAGGUGAUGGGCAGGGAAGGAGAUGAGGUAAGAGAGGGAAAUGGGAAUGGGGAAUAGUGAAGGGGAGGUAAAUACCAGAAAUUUGAGAAACCGAUAUUCUUGCCAUCAGGAAGCAUGGCAAACCAUGCUGGCUGUCAUUAAUUAAGCCCUGGUUUUUCCAAAUGCUCACAAAUCCUAUCCCUAAGAACUCUCUCCAGUAACUUUCCUACCACUGGCGUGAGGCUCAUCAGUCUAUAGCUUGCAGGGUUAUCCCUGGUUCCUUUCUUGAGUAGCUAACAACAUUAGCUACUCCCUAGACCUCAGGACCUCACCUGUAGCUAGAGAAGACACGAAGAUGUUGUCCAAGGCCCCAGCAAACUCUUCAGUUGCCCCUCUCAAUAACCUGGGGAUAUGUCAUCAGGCCCUGGGGUUGUAUCCACAUUAAUGCCCUUUAAGAGACCCAGCACUACCUCCUCCUUUACUUUGAAAUGCCCCAGCAUAUUAAUGCAUGUGGCACUCAACUCCCUAUCAUCCACAUCCUUCUCCUUGGUAAAUACUGAUGUAAAGUACUCAUUAAGGACCUCACCCACAUCUCUGCAUUCAGGCAAAUGUUCCCCCUUUAUCCUUGAGUGGUCCUACCCUCUCCCUGGUUACCCUCCUGCUCUUGGUGUUUGUAUAGAAUGCCUUGGGAUUCACCUCAAUCCUACUUGCCAAGGACUUCCAUGGCCCCUUCUCGCUUUCCUAAUUUCCUUCCUUAGUUUCUUUUCUGGCUUCUUUAUAUUCAUCAUGUGCUUCGUCUGACUUCCAAAGCUUUUCAUUCUUAUCCUUUUUCUUUACAAAAUUCAUCCAAGGUUCUCUUACCUUGCUGUCCUUGUCCUUCCUUCUGCCUGGAAUAUACCUGUCCUAUACUCUGUGCCGUUGGUCUUUAAAAGCCCUCCAUAUGUCAGAUGUGGACUUGCCCAAAACAGCUGCUUCCAAAUAACUUUCACUAAUGCUCUCUCUCCUGCCUAUUGCUCCAAUUUAAUACUCUCCUGCAAGACUCAAUACCAGGUCCAGCUCUUCUUACUAGACUAUCUCCAUAUUGAUUUAAGAAACCCUCCUGGAUGCACCUAACAAAUUCUGCCCCAUCUAAACCCCUUGUAGUCUGAGGGUCCCAGUUUAUAUUAGGAAGGUUGAAAUCCCUUAUGACAACAACCCUCUAACUCUAUUGUUUUUACACCUUUCCUUAAUCUGCCUGCAUAUUUGGUCCUCAAUGUCCCAGAGGUUACGGGGGGGUGGGGGCGGGGGCUAUAGUACAACCCCAUGAGUGGUUGUUCCACUCCUAUUCCUAACUUCUACCUAAACAGACUCAGUGUCUGAACCCUUCAUUAUGUCUCCUCUGAGUACAGCUGUAAUAUUGUCUCUGAUUAGUAGUGCAAUUCCCUCCUCUUUUAAUUCCCUCUGUAUCUUUUCUAAAACAUUGAAACCUUGGGACAUUAAUCACCCAUUCCUGUCCCUCUCUCAUCAAGUCCCUGUGAUGGCCACAUCAUCAUGGUUCCAUGUUCUGUUCAUCACGUUUACCCAUAACACUCGUAGCAUUAAAAUAUACACACUUCAGACUGUCUGUCCCAUUGUGUCUGUUACUUUGCUCCUGCCUGUUUAUACUGGCCCUGACAUCUAUCUUCCUCUCCAUCCCUCUGCUUUCUGACCUGAUACUCUGGUUCCCUUCCCCCUGCCAAACUAGUUUACACCCUCCCGAGUAACACCAGCGAACCUCCCGGCCAGGAUAUUGGUUCCCCUUCGGUUUAGGUGCAAUUCCUCCCUCUUGUACAGGUCACCUUUGUCCCAGAAAAGGUUCCAAUGAUCCAAGAACCUGAAACCCUGCCUCCUACUCUACUUCCUCAGUCACCUAUUCAUCUGUACUAUCAUCUGACUAGCAUCUCUCCAGAGAUUACUCCCAGUACCUCGGAGGUCUUGUUCUUCAGCCUCUUUCCUAACUCCCUCUACUGUGCAAGACCUCUUCCCCUUUCUACCUCAGCAACACACACAAAAUGCUGGAGGAACUGAGCAGGCUGGGCAGCAUCUAUGGAAGAAAGUACAGUCAGUGUUUUGGGCCGAGACCCUUUGGCAGGAGCCUUUCUACCUACGUCAUUGGUGCUCGUGAGCACCACAACCUCCGGCUGCUCACCCUCCCCCAUGAGAAUAUUCUGCAGCUGCUUAGAGAUAUCCUGGACUUUAGCACCUGCAAGGCAACACACCAUCUUGACAUCUCUUUCACAACCACAGAAUCUACUGUCCACUCCCCUAUUAAGUCUGCUGUUAAUAUCCUUUGCCUGACUUUACCCUUCCCUGCUGAGCCUAAGAGAGGGCCACAGUGCCACUGGACUGGCUGCUGCUGCUGUGCCCUGCUAUGUCAGCAGUUUCAAAAGGGGUAUUCUUGUUGCUCAGGGAACCCUGCCUGCACUGUGUGCUUACCUCUGCUGGUCAGCCAUCUAGGUAUGACCACCUCCGUAAAAGUUUCAUCUCUGAGGUAUGUCCCGAGUGCGUCCAGCUGCAGCUCCAGCUCCUUGACCUGGUCAGUCAGGAGAUGAAGUUGGAUGAACCUGCAGAUGUAGUUAUCAGUGAAAUAGUUGGGUAUUAAUCCCACAUUUUACAGGAGGAGCAUUCCACUGCUUUACCAUCCUGCUUACCCUUGUUAUACCAUUGUCUCUUAACUUCUCAAGCUUAAAUUCUACAAUCAAAUAAAUGACUCCAAAAAAAAACACAGCAACUUUGGCCUCUGCCUAUUCUUACUGAAGCCUAUUGAGAAAGCCUGACCACUCUAACACUGCCCCACUCCAACAAUGGCUGCUCUGCCUAAACCUGAUUUCUUAUGGGCCCUUGCUAACUUACUAGUAACCCAAGCAAUCUCUCCCUCUGACAGACACCACUGCCUUUUUAAAAUUGGUGCAUAAACUCCGCAAGGAACUGUCUUCAACACUUUCUGUGAUCUCCAACUCCGCAAGUAAGUCCCCUGCCAUAAGGAAAAGAUUAUUCAUACCCUGACCAUGAGGAAAAGAUUAUUACUCUCUGCUCUAUCUAGACCUCGUAUAAUUAUAUACUCUUCUAUCAGGUCAUCCCUCAGUUCCCUUCAGUCUGUGUAGAACAAGCCCAGCCUAUCUGAUCUCUCCCCAUGACUAAAGUCCUCCAAUUCCUGCAACAUCCUGACAAAUCUCUGCUUUCUCUCCAACACAAUCACAUUCUUCCUGUCAUGCUGUGACCAGGGCUGCACUUAACACUUACUUCAAGUACAAACUGAGCUGGGUUUUGAAGAAACUGCACACAAUAUCCCAACUCUUAUAUUCUGUGAAGACAAGUAUGCCGUAACCCUUUUUCAUGACCCUAUCUGCCUGUGUUACAUAGAAAACCUACAGCACAAUACAGGCUCUUCGGUCCACAAAGUUGUGCCAAACAGGUCCCUACCUUAGAAAUUACUGGGCUUGCCUAUAGCCCUCAAUUUUACUAAGCUCCAUGUAUCUAUCUAAAAGCCUCUUUUUUUCUUUUUACAAUAUUUUUAUUCAGAAGGAAAAAAAACAAGAUUUAUAGAGUGCAACACAUAGAUACAUCUCAACAUAACUUGUGUACAUUCAUAUAUUGUAAUAAAAUUGAUCAAAAUGUUAUAGCAUAUCACAUAAAGGUAUACCACUCUGUAAUCAAAAAUUUAAAUAUAAGUCAUACAUCAUAAAAGAAAGUUUUUAUAUAAAAAGAAGUCAACCCCCUACCAACUACCAAAGACAAAAGCUGAUGGAUGACAAUGGAUAAUUAGAAAAAAAACAUAUUCACUUAAGAAGAGAAGAUAAAAAUAUACAUGAAAGUCUGUGCACUGUUAAACUUUAUAAAUUGGAAAAGUAAUUUAGGAAAGGUCCCCAGAUAUCAUAAAAAGAUUGUUUCGAAUUUAAGACUGAGCACCAGAUCUUUUCUAAAUUUAAAUAAGACAUAAUAUCACAUAGCCAUUGAAGAUGUGUCGGAGGGGUAGACUCCUUCCAUUUAAGCAAGAUUGCUCUUCUUGCUAAAAGAAAGGUAAAAACUAAAACCUGUAGGUUAGGAGUAUUUAAAGUUAUAUCUUCAUCUGCAAUAAUACCAAACAAGGCAGUAAGGGGAUUGUCAAAUAAAUUUGCACUCCCAAAAACACAUUUUUACAGAUACCUUCAAAUUAGAGAUUUCCUACAUUUCCAAUUAACUACUUUUCCUAUAGGUCCUGAUAAAAAUUUACUGGAUGAUCUUUUAAAUUUAAAACCUUUUGUUAAUGGUUCUGUUACUGGUAUCUAUAACUUGUUGAUUGAUUCUAGACAAGACUUUUUAGAUAAAAUAAAAAAAGCUUGGCAGGAUGACCUAAAUUGUCAGAUUUCUGGUGAUAGAUGGAAUAAAAUUCUUAAACGGGUUAAUAAAUCAUCUUUCUGUGCUCAUCAUUCUCUUCUACAAUUUAAAGGUGUUCAUAGAGCUUACAUUUCUAAACAGAAGCUGUCCAGUUUUUACUCGAAUGUUUCUCCACUUUGUAAUAAAUGCAACUCUGCUGAUGCCUCUUUAAUUCAUAUGUUUUGGUUUUGCCCUAAAAUUGGGAAGUUUUGGCGGGAAGUAUUUCAUACCUUCUCACAACUUUUUAGGGUCCAAUUUGACCCAAUUCCCCUUACUGCCUUGCUUGUAAAAGCCUCUUAAAAGACCCUAUCGUAUCCGUCUCCACCACUGUUGCUGGCAGCCCAUUCCACACACACCGCUCUCUGAGUAAAAAAACUUACCCUUGACAUCUCUUCUGUAUGUGCUCACCAGCAUCUUAAACCUGGGUUCUGUUGUGCCAACCAUUUCAGCCCUAGGAAAAAGCCUCUGACUAUCCUCAUGAUCAAUGCCUCUCAUCAUCUUAUACACCUCUGUCAGGUCACCUCUCAUCCUCCGUCGCUCCAAGGAGAAAAGGCCGAGUUCACUCAACCUAUUCUCAUAAGGCAUGCUCCCCAAUCCAGGCAACAUCCUUGUAAAUCUCCUCUGCACCCUUUCUAUGGCUUCCACAUCUUUCCUGUAGUGAGGCAACCAGAACUGAGCACAGUUACCUUUGUGAAAUGUGAACUUGGUCCUGGUCUUCAUCAAAAUUCUUCAGUGCCCAACUAUUUACUCCAUACCCCAAUCUAACUCUCAGAAUUAGAUUUCAUUCCAUCUGAUCUGCAUCCUUCUGUAGUCUCGGACAAUUUUCCUUGUUCUGCAUUAUACCAGUACUGUGUCAUCUGCUGACUAAUUGUGAUUUCUAUAUUCACACUCAGCUCUUUAAUAUGUGACAAAUAGCUGAGGUCUCAGCACCAAUCCCUUCAUACACCACUAGUUACAACCCUAAUGUCUACUAACACCCAGCCAAUUUUGGAUCCAGUUAGCCAGCUCCCACAGUCCUUAACCUUUGAACCAGCCUACCAUAUGGGAUCUUGUCAAAUACCUUAUUAAAGUCCAUAACAACAUCAUCAACCUCCCUACUUACAUAAUCUUCUCAGUUACCUCUUCAAAAAACUCAAAUUAGUGAGAUUAGAUUUUCCCCUCACUAAGCCAAGCUGAGCAUCCCUCUACAGUCCGUUUAUCCAGAUCCUGUCCUUUAUGAUUUUCUCCUCUCACUUCCCUACCACUGGCCUGCAGUUACCCGUCUUACCCCUGCUGCUCUUCUGGAAUAAAGGAACAACAUUAGUUGUCCUUCUGUCUUCUGGAAGCUUGUCUUUAGCUAAUGAAGUUGCAGAGCUUGCAGUGAAGUGGCCUGUUCUGUAGCUGGAGGACAGGCCUGUCUGUGAGUGGGUGGGAGGGCAGGUAUGGGUGUGAGUGGGUGGGAGGGCAGGUAUGGGUGUGAGUGGGUGGGAGGGCAGGUAUGGGUGUGAGUGGGUGGAUGGGUGUAUGUCUGGAUCUGGGUCUAUGGAUGGGGGUGCGGGAAAGGGAUUGUUUUCCUGUUGAAGCCACUUGUGUUAUUCUGCUAAACACUGGGCUUGCUAUAUCAGCACUGGAAUGUGAGAUGACUCUUGUGAGCUGCCCCCAGCCCAUCCUUAGAUUGACACAAACAACACAUUUCACUGUGUGUUUCAAUGUACAUGUGAUAAAUAAUCUGAAUCUGAAUUCUUUGUCAACACCCCAGCUAUCUCAUUUCUUGUUUCCUGUAGCAAACUAGAUUAGAUCUAGUAUGGCCCUGGGGAUUUAUCAAUCCUUCUACAUCCCAUGACACUAGCAUCUUCUCCACAAUCUCCUGUGGAUCCCUGCAUCCUUCCUGAACCGUUCAGCAGAACCCUUUGAUCCCGGCUUUGCAUCCAGUGAGCCACUUCCUCGUGAAUUAUGUUGGUGUUUAGCAGGAGGCAAGGAGUCAGAAUAAUGGGUCCUGUUCUGGUUGGUUGCCAGAAACGACUGGUGUUCCACAGGGGUCAGUAUUGAGACUGCUCCCAUUCAUGGUAUAUGUCAAUGAUUUGGAUGACAGAAUUGAUGGCUUUGUAGCCAAGUUUGCAGACAAUACAAAGAUAGGUGGAGGGGCAGGUUAUGUUGAGAAAGCACUUGGGAGUCCUUGUGCGGGAUUCCCUAAAGGUUAAUUUGCAGGUUGAGUGGUUUGUGAGGGCAACAAAUACAAUGUUAGCCUAUCACAAACAAGAGAAAAUUGAAAGAUGCUGGAAAUCCAAUCACAAAUAAGGGAAAAUCGAAAGAUGCUGGAGAUCCAAUCACAAUCAAGAGAAAAUCUGCAGAAGCUGCAUUCAUUUCUGAGAGAACUAGAAUAUAAAAGCAACUGAGGCUUUGGUCAGACCACACGGAGUGUUGUGAUCAGUUUUUGGUCCCUUAUCAAAGAAAAGAUGUGUUACCAUUGGAGAAGGUCCGGAGGUUCAUGAGAAUGAUUCUGGGAAUGAAAUGGUUAAUGCAUGGAGAGCAUUUGAUGGUUCUGGAUCUGUACUCACUGGAGUUUAGAAGAAUGGGGGAGGGGGAUCUAUUGAAGCUUAUCUAAUACUGGAAGGCCUAGACACAGUGGUUGUGGAGAGGACACAGCCUCGGAAUCGAGGUAUGUCCAUUGCUAUGGACAGCUGUAGAGGCCAAGUCUUUGGGUAUAUUUAGAGUAGAGGUUGAUUAGUCAGGGUGACAAAGGUUGUGGAGAGUGGGGUUGAGAGGGAUUAUGGAUCAGCCAUGCACAGCAGACUCAAUAGACAGAGAGAUCUUAUUCUUCUCCAGUCUUUCACUUGAUGGCCAGUUUGCCACCUGGGACCUUGUCUUUACUAAAGCCAAUGAAGAGAUCAGAUGCUGCAGCUUCAUCAACCACUCCCCCACUUCAACGUACAUGUUGCAAUCACACGAUCAUUUCUACUGUAACGGUCAUUUGACCUCUGCCAGUGUCGGGCUGAGUGUUGACAGUUACUCAGGCUUACGACCCCCAUCUGUGGCCAGAGGUGCUUAAUGUCCCUGCUGUGCCACUUUGCUUUCAUUUCCUAGGAUGUGCUUUACUUGGGGAUGAUGGAUUUUCUAAAUUUGAGGUUGCUAAAUUGUAUGUUUCCACUGUUAUAUUUAUUCCAUCAUCAUUUCACACCAGUCUUCACCAAGUUGUUUUUAUUGUUCUCCCUCUAGUGAAGAGACACUUGUACACUUCCAGAUUCCUGGUGGUUCUGCCCUCUUCCUGCUCUUGGUAAUCUCACACAAAGCUCCAGACUGACAACAGGCAGGUAGCACCUUGGCAGUGAAAUUCUCACCCUUGGUUUCAAACCUCACCCUAAUCUCAGCCCUUCUGCCCAACAGCACUGCCUGUCAUCCUCCCCGACAAAUUCAUCGAUGACAGCCAGGACCCUGAGCGAUGGAACAUCCCUCCUCAUGACAGAUGCCCAUGACACUGAGAGGCAGUGAGCUACUGAAUUUUAUUUGGUCUACAGUCCAUCCAUUUCACACACUACCCCUCCAGGGUGGGCUGUUCUACCAGGGAGCCUGCGUGUAUUCAAUGUCAAGGUCUGUCUUUGACUAGCCUAUAGGAUAAUUUUAAUCCAGAUACACGUUCAGAUGUUCAAGAGGAGAUCUUUGUAUUUUCAGCUUUUCUAACUCAAGAACUUGAGUUAUUCAGACGUUCAGUGUAUCUUGUUGGAGGUUUGAUGCAGCUUUAGUAGUCUGAAAGAGUUGAGUCGGGUAUGCACUUUAAAGGGGCACAGGAGUAGAUCAUGGGUGCAAGAUGGAAAGUGGGAGGACAGCUGAGGAGUCACAGUGAAGCUCUACACUGCCUGUGCCAUUCAUUAAGGAAGAUGUGGUUUUGAAGAGGGUGCAGAGGGGAUUCCACAAAAGGAUUUUGAUUCAGAUUCUGAUUUAUUUGUCAUAUGUACAUCAAAAUGCAGUGAAAUGUGUUGACGACAAAAUUGUUGGGGGCAGCUCACAAAGGUCGCCACACAUUCCAACACCAACAAUCACAACAGAGAACACACCAGAACAGAACUUACCAAGCAACAACAGUCAAACAAGCCCUUUCCUCCCCUCCUUACUCACUCCCACAUCACCUUCAGUUCCUCAGAAAUUCACAGACCUGCGGCUCCAACUAUUGUGCCUCAAUCAGCCUUUUGAGCUUUGAAUCAGACAUACAAUCAACUUUCGAGCUUCAAUCCAGACCUCUGGGGAAGAGAGACGUCAGUUCUGUAGACAAACUAGAGAAACUGGGGUUGUUUGCCUUGGACCGGAGGAGGUUGUGAGGAAAUCUGAAAUAAUGUAACAUAUAGACAGUACAGGGUUUAUUUGAAGCAGCCACUGGGUCUAGAAUGCACCAACUGGAGCGGCAUGUGGAGGCAGGUUUAUGCCAUUCAAUAGGGAGCUGGCAGGAGGAAGUGCAGGGUGAUGGGGCGAGGACAGGCAGUGGAACUAGCUCCUUGUGUCCAGCCUGUGAAGCUGGACAGAACAAUGGCCAUUCUGUGUGCUGUUACAAAGUGAAAAACUGAGGGACUGUCGUGAUUUAAACUGAUUCAGCAACACCUCUCAGAGGACUGAUACAUCUGUCCUUCACUAAACUUCACUGCAUGCAUUCUGAGGCUGACUGUUUCAAAUGAAGUGCUGCAUGUUCUUGUUCAGUCCGACUUAAAGAAAACAUUAAAUUAUUUUUGUGGCUGUGGA